AGUUACUGGACCUUGGUGGUCCUUCUUCCGCUUCCGGUCUCUUCAAUCGGUGGAAUAGAAAUGGCUCUGAACAAGAGAAAGAAGACCAGAAAGCUCCGUGGACAUGUAAGCCAUGGACACGGACGUGUGGGCAAACACAGAAAACAUCCUGGUGGUCGUGGUAAUGCUGGAGGGUUGCAGCAUCACAGAAUCAACUAUGAUAAAUACCAUCCAGGUUAUUUUGGCAAGGUUGGUAUGAGAUAUUUCCACAAGACAAACAACCAGUUCUACUGUCCAACCAUCAACGUGGACCGUCUUUGGUCUUUGGUGUCUGAGCAGACACGGGAUCGUUACCAAACGAAAAAGGAUGUCGCUCCUGUGAUUGAUGUUGUCAGAGCAGGUUACUACAAAGUUCUUGGCAAAGGCCAUUUGCCCAAACAACCAGUCAUUGUCAAGGCAAAGUUCUUCAGCAAAACUGCCGAGAAACGUAUCAAGGAUGUUGGAGGUGCCUGUGUCUUAGUCGCCUGAUCAUGCUGCAGAAUAAAAUUGUUUGUCCUGAAGCGAGA